AGGGUACGAUAAAGAGGCCAGCUGGGCUGCAAAAAAACUGGAUUGCGUUUACAUUGAGAAACAAGAGAGUGCAGUCGGAGCUAUCCAUUCAUGAGCGCCAGUCUACCAUUCAGUUCCAGCACUACCAAUAUUGUGGACGGAUGCGGAGAGGCACCGGGUGAUUCACCAGUUGCACUUCACUGGAAAACAUUAACAAGUUUCCUUUUAACAGCAAAACUAAGAAAUACUUUAACCAGCAAUAAUUUUGUUUCGGGACGACUCGGCUGAUGCUUAGAGCGCUUUGGCAUGCGUGGAGUUGCAAAGUGCCGGGUAUCACUGUUCAGAUAAGCGAGCGGAGAGGUGUGGAGCCGCCCAGGACCCCGUCAAUCCAGAAGGAUGCUGGGGGGAAAUGCCUGCAGACAGAGAGGAUGAGAUCUGUCGAAAGGCGCUGGAACUGCUGUCGGAUCUUUGCUCAAAGGGGGAAGUGCAAAACGAUAACUGUUUGGAUUUCGUCUAUUAUUUCCGAGAUCUUGCAAGACCUCAAACUGAGUCAGAUGUGUCCGUGAGUCUGCUGUCUCUGCUGGUUACCACCUGUGGCCUGGCCCUUUUUGGGGUCUCUGUCUUCGUGUCCUACAAGCUGUGGUGGGUGCCAUGGCAGGAGCGCUUUUUCCCCUCGGGCCAGAAGGAGGGCGAGCAGCAGCCGGUGCUGAGCGAGGAGGACGGAGUGGAGCAGGACUACAGCCAGGAGUGCAUGAGGGAGCCCUCGGGGCCGCUGCCACCGCUGCUCCCCGAGUCGGCCAUGAAGAUCAGCCACACGUCGCCCGACAUCCACCUUGAGGCCCAGAGCAAGGCCAAAGAGAACCGCACGCACUUCCCGCGCGUGCAGCGCCAGAUCACAGAGCCCACCUCAUCUGUGCGGCAUAACUCCAUCCGCCGGCAGAUGAACCUGUCCAACCCAGACUUCAACAUGGCUCAGUUCCAGAGGCAGGAGUCGCUGGCAACUUUGGGACGGAUCAAACCCGAGCUGUACAAGCAGCGCUCAGUCGACACAGACGACGACCGCCAAUCCGACGGCUGCGGCAGGCUUCACUUCGUCAUCAAAUAUGACUGCGACCUGGAGCAGCUCAUCGUCAAGAUCCACCGGGCCGAGGACCUGCCUGCCAAGGACUUCUCUGGCACCUCUGACCCUUACGUGAAGAUCUACCUGCUGCCCGAGCGGAAGACCAAACACCAGACCAAGGUGCACCGUAAGACUCUGAACCCCGUGUUCGACGAGGUCUUCCUCUUCCCUGUCGCAUAUGCCGAGCUGCCCGUGAGGAAGCUGCACUUCAGCGUCUACGACUUUGACCGCUUCACGCGCCAUGACCUCAUCGGUCAGGUGGUGGUGGACAACUUCCUGGACCUGCCUGACUUCCCGCAAGAGACCAGGCUGUGCAGGGACAUCCUCUAUGUCACCUCCGAUAAUGUGGACCUGGGCGACCUCAUGUUCUCCCUCUGCUACUUGCCCACGGCAGGCCGGCUCACCGUCACCAUGGUGAAAGCCAGAAAUCUAAAAGCCAUGGACAUCACUGGAGCCUCUGAUCCCUAUGUGAAGGUUUCUUUGAUGUGCAGCGGGCGCAGACUGAAGAAGAGAAAGACAUCUACCAAGCGCAACACUCUUAACCCAGUCUACAAUGAAGCCAUAGUUUUUGAUGUACCCCCAGAAAACAUUGACCAAAUAAGUCUUUCAAUCGCUGUGAUGGAUUAUGAUCGGGUCGGACACAAUGAGGUGAUCGGCGUGUGCAAGGUGGGAAAUGGGGCGGAGAGUCUGGGACGUGACCACUGGAACGAGAUGCUGAGCUACCCACGCAAGCCCAUUGCCCACUGGCAUUCCCUCGUGGAGUGGUCUGGACAUGUCGCUGCGGGUGAGAGCCAGGGUUCCUGCAACUCCCUCAAGACCCCGCCUUCACCGUGACCAAUGCAGCCAGCUGCAGCCAACAUGCAAGCCUCAAAGGGGUCCAAUCACGACAUAGACAUUAUUAAAAAAAUAAAACAAGAUGGACUUACAAGGUGAUUUUUGAAGUUACCUACCCACAAGUGUGACAUUCGAUUGAUGCUAGUACCAGUGAGUUCUCUAAGAAAAUAGGAGAAGGUCUUUAUUGAGGUGCAUGUUGAGUGGCUAUAUAUAUGACUAGUGUUUUCUUUUUAUAAUUGUUUCAAAUACCAGGGCUUUAGUUGAGAGGCUAAUAUUUUUCAAAAGUCAUCUUUCAUGACUCCACCUAACUCAUUGUUAGAUUAGCUUUUUUGGUACAAUGCAUGGUUUCUGUUUUGUACAGUAUGGUUGGUUUCUUUGGAUCUCUUUCAUCACAACUGUCAAGAUCUUGUAAUAUUGUGAAAACACUUGCACUGUAACAUGACAAUGGUACACACCUAGUAUGUAAAUUGUGCUGACCAAAUGUUACUAUCAAAUAUUUAUAUAUAAAACUUUAUGUCAUCAGUAAUCAUA